AUGGCUCUACUGUCGAACCACCACGAAUACCCAGUUUCUACUGAGAUCGUAACAACUACGUACCCGACGACGACGAGGACUUACGACACUUUAUAUCCGUCGCCGUACAAUUCCCCGAAUUACGACUCUAUCAAAGUUGCAUAUAGUGAGAAUUACGCGCACAAAGGUGAGAUCACCCCGCAGAAGGCAGCAGAGACGAUCAGUUAUGGGAAAGAGGUAGUUGCAAAGUAUUCGAGAACGCCGGAUACGUACGAGAGAAGCUCGUUUAGCGUUCUGACACCUGUAACGCCUCAAAGGUACGAGCCACAGCAUGCGAUAAAUCACACCGCCUCUCCGGGAACGAUGCUGCACGAGGACAGUUCCGUGGAGUAUCAUCCGCCAGCCUAUUGCUACGAAACUCCGCCUCAAGAACAAAAAUUUCAAAGCCUCGAGGCCGGCAAGCCGAUGCAGAUGAUGGUGGAGCAAAGAAGCAAUUGUUGGGAACCUGUUACAUCGGCGCAGAAACAAGUGUCGCCUACCAGCAGCCCUCGCAGAGGAAGACGACGCUCCAGGGACAUUCCGCCAUCGCCAAGCGUGUUGAAGCGCCGGCGUUUGGCCGCGAAUGCGCGCGAAAGACGCCGAAUGAACGGUCUGAACGACGCUUUUGAUAAAUUACGCGAAGUUGUACCGAGCCUUGGGGCGGAUCACAAGCUCAGUAAAUUCGAGACGUUGCAAAUGGCGCAGACCUACAUCGCCGCGCUCUGUGACCUUCUUCAGAGACACGAUGGCAAGUGGCAGUGA